UUUCUUGUUAGAACAAAAUGAAAAUAAAAACAGAAGUGAAGUAAAGUAAAGAAUAACGUUGGUGUCAGGUCUUCCCUCUCAAGUAAUAGCCGUUUUCUUCAGCUUCUCUCUCUAGAAAUGAUGCCAUUACUUUUUAUUGCUCCUUAUAUUUAUAUAUAAAUGCUUUAUAACUAUUAACAUCUCAUUGCUUUUUCACUGUACUUUUUAGAGAGAGAGAGAGAGGGGAAAAGCACCCAGAAGUCUUGAUCAUCAUUACAGACAACGGGGAGAAAAGGGUUGAAUUUUUGUUGAAAACCCAGAAAAAAGAGAUAAAAAAGAAGAAAACUUGUUUAAAAAAAUUUUGGUGGGUUUUUUUUUGGGUUUGGAUAUUAGUUAUGGGAUCAUCUUCAGGUCAAGGUGGUGGUGGUGGUGGUAGUGGUGGUGGUUAUGAUCUUUCGUUUAAGAUCUUGUUGAUCGGAGAUUCUGGUGUGGGUAAAAGUAGUCUGCUUGUUAGUUUCAUUUCUAAUUCUGUUGAGGAUCUUGCUCCUACUAUUGGUGUGGAUUUUAAGAUCAAGCAGCUAAUAGUUGAUGGGAAGAGAUUGAAGCUGACAAUUUGGGAUACUGCCGGACAAGAGAGAUUCAGAACAUUAACAAGCUCUUAUUAUAGAAACGCACAAGGGAUCAUUCUCGCUUACGAUGUGACACGGAGAGAAACCUUUACAAACUUGUCAGACGUGUGGGCUAAAGAAGUCGACCUCUACCGAACGAAUAAGGACUGCGUAAAGAUGCUUGUUGGAAAUAAACUUGAUAGAGAGUCUGAAAGAGCUGUUAGUAGAGAAGAGGGGAUGGCUCUUGCUAAAGAGCACGGAUGUACAUUUCUCGAAUGUAGUGCUAAAACUAGAGAAAAUGUGGAGAAAUGUUUUGAAGAGCUUGCACUCAAGAUAAUGGAAGUUCCAAGUCUUUUGGAAGAAGGAUUAACAGCAGUGAAGAAAAAGGUUAUAAAUCAGAAACAAGAAAACCAACCACCUUCUACAUCUAACACUGGCUGUUGCUCUUCUUAACAAGCUGAAACAAAAGGAGGCCCUAUUUUACUUGUGUUCUUUUUUUUUUACAGCUAAAAAAUUGUGUUAAGAGUUGCUUUUGAUUGCUUGUAUGCUUUUGAACAGGCACUCAAAAUAAUCAUUUAUAUUAGCUUGUGUAUAGUUGUUUGCCUUUGUUUUUGCUGCCCAAUAUUCAAUCCUGUCAAGGAGAAAGAAACAAAAUUGAUUGUACUUUAUUGAUCAAGUUAAAUGUGAGUUUUUUUUAAUAUUCUGAUUUA